UUUUGAUUAUGGCAGAUGGAUUGGAAGAAAAGUUAGAAGAACUUAGCUGGAAAGUCGAUAGUGAGAAAGAUUUAGAAUUCAUUAAAAAUAUAAUUUCGGAGGAAUCGAAUGGAAUGCCAGUCGAUGAAGAAGUUUAUAGCUUAACGUUGGAUUUUUGUUAUACCAAGACCCGUGAUUUGUUAGUGAAUGCCAAGUUAAUUGCCGAUCACAGUGAGCAUUAUAAAACCGAAUUGAAGCAUUUCAUCAUGUCUCAAAAAGGAAAGAGUAGUAAGUCGAUUGAUGAGUCUGAUGCCUUGAUGGCUAUCAAUCGGACAAGAGCUUGUGUGAAUAGUAUGCCUAUAUUGGUGCCAUUCAUGGAGAAUGAAUUGUACUUGCCAUCGUGGCGACAUUGCCAAGUUGCGCCUCGACCCGACCUCUCGUCAAUAGAUACACCAGGAUCCGAUGACGAUAUAGAUCCCAGUGGGUUGCUUAAAAUGUUCCCGGAAGGCUAUGAAGGCGAUGACGAUGAUGAUGAGUUUGGCUUACACAGAGCCUCAGUAAUGGGCCUACCGGAGGGAUUAGACUCGUCUUCGGGCAGCGACUAUGACAGCGACUUUGGAGUGGAUAAAGCAAGAAAGAUAUCCAGUGAGAUGCCAACUUCACCCAAGAAAUCCAAACUGGAGAGUCCAAAUAAGGGCAAAGUAAAUUCACCACCACCACCACCACCGGCUCCGCCAUCGAUUCCAACACCUGUUCCGGCACCCGCACCGGCCUCUGAACCACAACCACCAUCAACGGCGGCACCACCACCCCCACCAGCACCAGCUCCAGCACCACCACCCCCACCACCAGCAGCACCACUUUCUCGCGCUGCAGCCCUAGCAGCCGCAAAUCGUUCAAGAUUGUCAGCAGCCACAGCCUCGGCAUUGGAAAUGGCCCUGGCCCCACUCGAUAAGAGGGCCAAAAUACAAAUAGACGAUAUUCUGCCCUACUCAGCACCGGCUAACAAACCGAAAGGCAAACAAAGUGCCAGCAAAUCUGCCAAGUCGAAGUCAUCAUCGUCACCCAACUCGAAGAAGACUAAGUCCAAGGAGUCGGGACCGAAUGCUGGCGAUGAGAAAUCAACGAAAUCCAAAUCAACCAAGAACGAUAAGCCCAACGAUGCAAAGAAAACAGGCUCAACUCCAUUCAAGGAGAAAUCCAAGCCGGUGACUCCAGUUAAACCCAAUCGCGAGGCUAGUCCAAGUAACAUGGAUGAUGUCAAUCCGGAUGAAGUGCAUAUUCCUGUUUUAGUCUCAUCAUCAUCAUCUGGGGUAAAUUCGAAUUUGCCACCAUCUGGGCUAAAUAUAAAUUUGCCAAAAAUAAAUAUCAUACAGAAUUUUAAGCGUGAUCUAAACGCUAAACCUCGUCGCAGACGCUAGUCGUUCCCAUGAAAUGGAAAUGAAAUUAUAUGAAACAAUAAAUAAAUCAGUUUAGUUCUGAUAUAUAUCAGAAUAUUCAUA